GCAACUUUGUUGAAAAAACAAUAAGUCCCCAAUGUUCCAAAUAGCUUCGAAAGCAUCAAACUCCCCCUCCAAAAAUUAAAAUUCCUGUUCCGAAUCGUCCAAUAUUUGUAAUAUUUUGGUCUAAAAGUGGAAGUCUAAUGGAGAAUCGAUGUGAGCGCUCUUCUGAUCGAUUUUUGUUGGGUAGAGCCACCUGUUGGUGGUUGUUGUCAGUUUUGGAAAGAACAGAAGAGGAUGAAUCUCUCUUUGUCAGGAUAUGCAGCAGAUAAUGCCGCCAGGCGUCAAAAAGGAAGCAGCGUUACGAAUCAACUCAUCGGAUGGAGAAGCUCACAGCUAUUAGUAGUUGAGCAAGCAAAGAGCUUGUGUAGCAAAUAUCUCAGGUUUAAGUUGAAAAAUUGUAAAAAACUUGGACUUCAACGACUGAAAUGGCCUCCGGCAGAACUUGUUUUCGAACUUCGAGAGUUAGGAAUGGAAAUGGAACGAAAUCACCCAGAACUUUAUCAAAGCGUUACCGAAAAUGUUGGACUCUAUUCUUUACCAUCAGAAUAUGCUGUGCAAAAUUUAUUAAGUACACUGGCAACAGAGCUUUUUCGUGAUCGUCAUGUCACUUGGGGACGAAUUGUUGCACUCUAUGUGUUGGCUGGAGCUCUAGCAGUUGAUUGCGUUAAACUUGGACGGCCAGAAUAUGUUCUUGGAUUAGUUCAAGCUGUUGGAAAUAGUAUCGAAAAAGAUUUGGCAAAUUGGAUCAUCCAACAAGGAGGAUGGGGAACUCUUACAACACGAUUUAAGAAAAAUUCUACUCUGCAAUCUCAAAGAUUCCUAAUUACUUCGAUUGUUUUGAUAAGCAUAUUUGCCGUUUUUUAUUACUUUUUACCAUGACGUCUUCUAAGGUAUAUAACUAUAAAUUUUUCAAAAUUAUUUAUAAGAUUUGAGAAUUCGGUUAUCCAAAUUUUAUUUUCAUUUUGUCUGAAGCAAUUUCCUUCAUUUAAUUUUGUAUACAAAAAAAAUUUCUAUUGGAAUAUUUAUUUAUUCCGAAGUUUUUCAGAUUAAUGUAACGUAUGUUAUUGUGUUCCAUAUUUAAGAUUUGUUUUUCUUUAUCUCAGGUUAUGAGAGGUAUUUUAAUUUUAUUUAAAUUAAUUUUAUUUAAUCAAUCAUUAAAAAGGCCAAGAAAGCCUUUCACCUCUGAGCUACCUUUUCUAUUCUAUUAUCACCAUUGUACCAAACGAUGAGAUAACCUUCUUUUUUUGAACUUUGUUUUAUGUCCUCUUUUGAGCGACGUCAUUUUACUAUGCAAACCCUCAUCUUCUGAACUUCGUUUUCUGCAGUCUUUUCCCUUCAAACAACGCUAUUCAACUAUGCGAGCCUUCAUUCUCUGAGCUUCGUUUUCUAAGCCCUUUGAUCGAACUACGUCAUUCUAUCAUGCAAGCCUUCAUCCUCUGAGCUUCGUUUUCUGUGCCCUUUUCCACUGAAACGGCGUCAUUCUACCAUGCGAGCCUUCAUCCUCUGAGCUUCAUUUUUUGUGCCUAUUUCCAUUCAAACGACAUCAUUAUACCACGCAAGCCUUUAUCCUCAGAGUUUCGCUUCCCGUUCUCUUUUCCACACGAACGAUGUCAUUCUGUCAUGAGAGCCUUCAUCAUUGGAGCUUCGUUUUCUGUGCCCUUUUCCAGUGAAACGUCAUUCUACCAUGCGAGCCUUCAUCCUCCGAGCUUUGUUUUCUGUUCCCUUUUCCAUUCGAACAACGUUAUUGUACCAUGCGAGCCUUCGUCCUUUGAGCUACGUUUUCUGUGCCAUUUUCCACUCGAACGACGCUGUUCAACCUCGAGAGCUUGCAUCCUUUGAACUUUAAUGCAUACUUGUACAUCAUUAUUAUUACAUUUAAACCUGUUCAAAAUAAAAUGUAAAAUUGAAACAUUAGAUUAUCAAGAGACUGAU